AUGCUGAUUAGCACCACACUUCAGACACCACAUGCCACGACAACCAGAAAGGACGAAUGGUCGUGGCAACCAGAAAGUUGGGGCAACCACACCGCCGGGGAUCGUCCGGCCUGGCUGAUUCAGCUCGACUGGUUCAGUUUUGCCGUCUGCCUUAGUCUCGGGCUGGCAGGAAACUGUCUCCUCCUGGUCCAGUUGGUCCGAGUGCACCUGAACGGACCAAGAAAAACGGCCAAUGCCGGGCGGGCGAGCAACUUGGCCUCGGGAGAGAGAAUCCGUCGCCAGCGUGGCUUGUUGCUUGGGCACCAAUGCGUGAUUGACUGGCUCGUCUGCUUCAUCACAGCCAUAAAAUUAGCGGGACAGAAUGACGGCUUGGGAGUAAACGUCAGUGAACAUAGAGUCGCAGCUGUAUGCUACCUCUGGUCGAACAACCUACUCUUCUGGCUACUUGUGAUCACCAGCGUCUACGGCCACGUGUUCAUUGGCCUGCAUACCAUUUAUAUCUUCGUUAGCAAAUUGUCUCGGCGCAGUCGAGGAAAGUGGAGAGACAUCCAAGAGAUACUGGUUAUAGUAAGCAUGAGUAGUAAUGCCUAA